CGACGCAUUGGUGUACCAGUGAUUCGUUGCACUCUUGAUAUUCAUUCCGAGCCCCUGUAAAUCGAUUCGGGGCCUGAUCACAACUGGGCCUGUGCGUUCCCGCGAUUAGGAGAGUAGUCAGUCCCAUCAAUGUGUUCACAUUGGCAGACGUACUUCAAGUCAGUAGCAAAACGGUACGGAAGGAGUUGGCACAGACGCAUUGGCUCAGUUGUAAGUUUGGUCCAAGGGAGACGCGGACUGCCUGCCACGACGCCCCGACGGGACUGCUGAGCUGACUCGCGCUGCCGAGGUGAAUGCGCAUGCCCGCCUCGAGUUGGGAGGCUGGAGCGCAGACGCAGCUGCGCUGGGCCAUCCGGCACCUCCCCGCCUCGUCUCCGCCCGCCGCCCCUCUCGCCUCCUCCAGGGGGCCGGCCAGGCCUCCAGCGCCUCCUGCCUGCGCACGGGGCUGCACGCGCAGGGCCGGCCCGGCGGCCGCCCAGGGCCCUGCCAGGAGGCGGCCAUGCCCUGCCUGGGCCGGCCGCUUCCUUUCCGCCCUCGGCCUGGCUGCCCGGCGCCGGGCGCGGCGCGCCUGCGGGGGCCGCCUGCCGCGGGGCUCCUCGGCGCCUCCCUGCGGCGAGGCCGGCGCCAGCGGCGCCUGUCCGGGGCGCGGCGGGCGCAGGGCGCGGCCGCGGCUGCUGGUGGCCGGCGAGCCGCUCACCGCCCGGCUGCAGUGGUACAUGCCCCCGCGGCGGCCCUACAGCCGCAGGGAGCUGCUGGCCGACCGCGCCGUGAACCUCUUCGGGGCAGGGCUGUCGUGGCUGGGCCUCUACUCUCUGAUCCGCAUGUCGUUGGCCGCAGGGGACCCCGUCAGCCGGACGGCGGGCUAUCUCAUGUUUGGCAUCGGCUUCGUCUCCAUGACGAACCUUUCGGCGAUCUACCACCUCAUGUGCUGGGACUGGCGGCGGGCGGAGGAGCUGUACAGCCUGGACAAGGUCGGGAUCAAUCUCAUGAUCAUCGGCGCGUACACUCCCGUGUGCCUGCAAGCGAACACUCCGUGGAUUCUGGCGUUUGUGUACAUUCUUGGUUGUGCCGGUCUAUUCAUGGAGGCGUAUGCCCUGUGUGGCAGGCAACCUCUGGCAGCAGCUGCAUCCCUGAAGGGAGGGAGUGCCAACUGGACUUUGGCCGAGAAGCUGAAUUUGUUGCGCUACCUGCUCAUGGGUUGGGCCAUUGUCUUUGCCGCGCCAGUAAUAUGUAGAUCGUUUCCCACGCCUCCGCUGCUCGUCGCCGCCGUGGGCGGCUUCAUCUACACGAGCGGCGUAGUGUUCCUGGUGCUGGACAGGAUCGAAUUCCAUCUCGCGAUUUGGCACAGUUUCGUAUUAAUAGCUUCGUUGUGUUUCUAUAUGCUGAACGUGAUGCUUGUGGGCCUUUCUGCAACCAUCUAAGCCGAAAUCAACGAUAACCAAACAUGUGUUAUUGUCCUCCCCCUUUCAGUGCCGUUGUUUCGAAUGGAGCGCUGCUGCUUCUCUCCCGCACAUCGCCUGGUUCCCUCGUCAUUUCCCUAUUCGCUUCCUCUGUUCUCUUUCCCUUCGUCGCACUCCCUGGGUGCUCCAAGGCGUGCAGCUGUGACUCUCCCUCCCCGGUUUCUGGCCGGCGUGCAGUUGGCGCCUCUUCCCAGCGCCACUCGAGGGCGGGGGGGAGCGGAGUUGGCGGGAAAAGUAUGUCU